AUGCAACAUUCCUUUUUUUUUGUCCUGCCCUCUCCCUUUAUUUGCCCCCUACAUUCCACUCCCCCACAGGUGUUGCACAAGGUGGGGGCGGAGCGAGCAGCAGCAGCAGUGAUCACUCUCGACACGCCAGGGGCCAACUACCGCGCGGUGUGGGCGCUCAGCAAGAGCUUCCCGCACGUGAAGACGUUUGUGCGGGCACACGACGUGACCCACGGGAUCAACCUGGAGAAAGCUGGUGCUACUGCUGUCGUCCCUGAGACCCUUGAACCCAGCUUGCAGCUAGCUGCUGCCGUGCUGGCACAGGCAAAGCUGCCAGCAGCAGAGAUAGCUGCCACGCUGGACGACUUCAGAACACGCCACCUGGCAGAGCUGACGGAGCUCUCUGCACUGAGUGGGUCGUCGCUGGGCUAUGGCUACUCCAGCAACCUCAUGCGCGCCAGAGUUGCCGAGGCAGCAGUACCGCUCAACGCUCUCUUCCCCACUCUUCCCCAAUCCCCCCCCAUGCUCUCUCCCCUCCCUUCUCCCAUUCCGCGCCCGCCCGCCCAUCAGGCGCGGAGGCGCAAGGCAGGCGCGCGGGAGGGUGGGGUGGUGCUGCCGGUGGCCUCGAUCUCAUGGCGGCAUCAGCAACUGGCCAGCGCGCUAGCCAACUCCAAUGCGAAUGCUGGUGCUGCUGCUGCUGCUGGGGGGAGUGGGGCGAGUGGUGGGGCGAGUGGGACAGCAGCAGGAGCAGCAGCGGGUGGCGGUGCAGCAAAGGAGGCGGAUAAAGAGAUGAACCCUGCUAAUCCCAUGCACCUCCAUGCUGCCCCUCCCGCGUCCCCUCCGCCUCCUCCCAAGACCGCCCGCAAGCGGCGCAAGGCGAAGCCAACGGACCUGAUAAACCAGCGGCGGUGGCAGCAGUUCUACCGCAACAUGGUGCUGAUCGUGAACUACAAGCGCCCGCAGCAGAUGCCCGUCACCCUCGACCUCCUGCACUCGCUCUACGGCUCGCUCUUCCAGCGCAUCCUCGCUGUCUCCGAGUUUGGCGACGCCGAUUUGGGGGUGCUCGAGUCCCCUGUGAAGGAGACAGGGCACGGCCACGACUUGCCGCCCGGCUCGCUGCACUACAGUGUGCUGCCGAAGCUGCUGACGUGGCACCCCAUGGCGGAGGGCUUCCUGUGGAUGGAUGAUGACACGGUGCUCAACUACUGGACCAUGAGCCGCGAUAACAAGUCGCGCAUCUGGUUCCUGGGGCCCAUGCACCAGUCGUGGCGCAUUGCCAGCCUCGACCCCAGCGGAAGCGUGGCAGGGGGAUGGGGAGGGGAGGGGAAGGAGGCGGGAGCGGUGAGGUACAUGGAGGAUGCGAGUGAGCGCGUGGAGGAGAGUGGGGAGGCGCUGCAGCUUCUAAAGCAGGCCGUUUCCCAGUCUUCCGUCAAUCCAUGCUCUCUUGCACCGCUGACUCGCCAUGUUCUGCCCCUCAUUUCUCGUCCGUCGCCCAUGCUCCUCAUUCCCCCCAAUGCCCUUCCCCCACAGGCGCUCUCCCACCUCCCCCAACAGUACCUGCAGCGGUACCAGCAGUCCAUCUCCCCCAAGACAAAUAUAUUUCUGCGGGCGGCGUCGAACGUCUUUUAUAUCCCGCAGCGCCAUGCGCCUGCGAUGCGCUCGCUCGUCCCCAUCUUUGCCGACCAUCGCAUUGUGGCUGAUGUAAGCUGCACCCUUCCUUUUCACUCCGUUUUGCUCUGUUCCAACAUCUACCCAUGUUUUUUUGGCACCUUCUUGGCCCCUUAG